UUUGUUUCAUCCUUUUCAAUUUUAGCCUCAAUCCAGCAAUGGAGAGCAGAGGGCAGAAUAGCUAUCUGGCUGCACGUUCCCAUCUCCCAAAGCCAGUUCAUAAGCCCAGCAGCCUCCCUGGGCCUCCGUUUUCACCAUGCAGAAUCUGAUGCAUCCUUGAUGACUCUGUGGCUUGGGGAAGGGCCCAGUCGCUUGCCAGGAUAUGCCACCCAUCAAGUAGGAGUUGCAGGUGCUGUAUUUGAUGAAGACACUGGAAAAAUACUGGUUGUACAAGAUAGAAAUAAAACGAAAAAUGCAUGGAAGUUUCCAGGAGGUUUGUCUGAGCCUGGAGAGGAUAUUGGAGACACGGCUACUCGGGAGGUUCUGGAAGAGACCGGCAUCCGAUCGGAGUUCAAAGCCCUGCUGAGCAUCAGGCAGCAGCACGGGAGUCCGGACGCGUUUGGGAAGUCCGACAUGUACAUGGUGUGCCGUCUGAAGCCGCUCUCCUUCCGCAUCUCCUUCUGUCCGCACGAGUGCCUGCGCUGCGAGUGGAUGGCCCUCACGGACCUCGCCAAGGCCCGCCAGACGACCCCCGUCACCCGCAGAGUGGCCAGGCUGCUGCUCUACGGCCACAGGGAAGGCUUUGACAAGGUCGACCUGACCGUGCGGGAACUCCCCGCCGUCUACAGGGGCCUGUCCUAUAAACUCUAUCACAGGGACUUGCCGGAGCGCUACGAAAAUAUGUCUGGGAUGGAUUAAAAUUCACAUUGACAUCCUUUAAUAAUUUAAAUAGAAUUUACGGGGCCAAGUGAAUGAAGAGCAGCCUCGGGAAGUGACCGGUGGGCCUCUUAGAAGAAUAAAUGUGCUUUAAAAUGUGCGUGG